CGAGCUUCCUCCUGCUCCACCAACCCUCUGCCCUCCCCUCCGCCUCCGCCCUCCUCCUCGGCCUCCAGCCGCCAGCCAACCGCGCGGCCGCUUGUUGAGCCCGGGCUCCACCGUCUCCAUGACGCCCGGCAAACAUUCCGGUGCUUCAGCCCUCGCCGCUAACGCCCGGGGUUGGGGCAGGGGCUCCCGGAGCCGGCGGGGAAAGGGGUGGUCGGCCACUCCCCAGCCCGUCGCCACCAUGCCCGGCACUCCGAUAGACCACUACAGAAAGCCGAGCGGCGCAUCGAACUUAGGCAGUCCAAAAAAGAAGUCUUUUACUGCCCUUUCUAGCCCAGGAAAAGGAGCUCAAACAAAAGGAUAUCUUGGUGUGUCCCCAAGCAGAAUGGGUUCAUCAAAAAUCAUGGCGUCGUUACCAGAGGUGAAAACAGAUAAAAUGACUACCACAAAGGCAGCCAUACAGGUGUUUGACGUAAAUGGAGUUGAUGUUACUCCUCGACCUCUUUACCGUCCAGAUCCACAUACUGGUACACCAAAGCCAAAUAAACUAUUGACAUCACAAGAAGGAUCAUUCUCAUCAGAAUUUGUACCUUCCCACAGCCUUUAUCAAAAUACACUAAAUCCUAGUAUGUUAGGGCAGUUUUCAAGGUCAGUUUUAGGAAGCAGUUCAGUGUCUAAGUCAAGUCUUUCAACUAGUGAGUCAAUAGCAGAAGACCUAGAAGAAGCCUAUAAACGAGAAGGACCGGCUAGUGUUACAGAGUUACAAAUUCCAAAGAAAACAACCAGAAAAACUAUAACCAAAGAAGAACUAAAGAAGACUAUAGACAUACUACUCACAGAGACAGAAACAAUGACAUUGUUUAACCUACCAACAGUCAUGAUUUCUGUAGAAGCUGAAGAAGCUGACAAAAUACUGUAUGUAUGGUUUAACUGUUUAUAUUGCUUCUAUAAUUUAAAUGCAAAGACAGAGUUUCUUACUAUUUUUUUAAAAAUAUGUUUUGGGGAAAAUUCUUUAUUAAAUCCCUGUACUUUAAAUGAAAGUUUAGCAUGCAUAAUGUCUACUGCUUGGGAUUUAUAUGAUUCUUAUAAUACUCUGGAGCUUGCAUCUUUACCAAUAAAACAAUCUACAGUUGACUCAAGCUGUAGAGGAAGUGUAAAACGAUCUAUAAUUGAGUCGAGCAGUAAAGUCAGUGUACCUUCUAAAGAUCAGGAUCGAAGAGGGCCAGAGAGUACUACAGAAAAAAAUAGUGAAGCCAGUUCUAUAAUGGAAAUAGAAAAUGCAAUUCUGGCUAAAAUGCAUGAUGAAGAAGAAGACCACUCAGAAGCAAUAUUCAAAUCUGAAAAGUUUCACCAGGACUUAUUUUUUAUGGAACGAGUUCUAAUGGAGAAUGUAUUUCAGCCCAAACUUGCAGCUUAUCGUCAGCUUCCUAUUUUAAAAGAACCCAAACCUGAAGGGCAUAAAGACCUUUCAGAAGGUAAAAAACGUGAAGAGGUAGAAGAGAAGAAGGAAGAGGAUGAAGAAAUAGAAAUAGGUGAAGAACAAUCAACAAUACCAGCCAAUUUGGAACGACUUUGGUCCUUUUCCUGUGACUUAACCAAAGGCCUUAAUGUGAGCAGCCUUGCCUGGAAUAAAACAAAUCCAGACCUUUUGGCUGUUGGCUAUGGGCAUUUUGGAUUUAAAGAGCAAAAAAAAGGAUUGGCUUGCUGCUGGUCAAUAAAGAAUCCCAUGUGGCCAGAACGUAUUUAUCAGAGUCCAUAUGGAGUUACUGCUGUGGAUUUUUCCAUUGGAACACCUAAUCUUUUAGCAGUUGGCUAUUACAAUGGCACCAUUGCAGUUUAUAAUGUACAGAGCAACGUUAAUGUUCCAGUUCUGGAUAGCAGUGAAUCACCUCAAAAACAUUUGGAACCUAUAUGGCAACUACAGUGGAUAGAACAAGAUCGAGGAACAACAGGUGAUGACAAGAGAGAAAUACUAGUUUCUAUAUCAGCAGACGGAAGAAUCACCAAAUGGAUUAUACGCAAAGGACUGGACUGUUAUGAUUUGAUGCGUUUGAAGCGAACUACUUCCAUCAUCAGCAGAAGAGGAGGGGAAAAGGAAAAAAAAGGUGAAGCUUUGAUAUCUCGUCAAGCUCCUGGGAUGUGCUUUGCUUUUCAUCCCAAGGACACAAAUAUCUAUUUGGCUGGCACUGAAGAAGGUCACAUUCACAAAUGUUCUUGUUCAUAUAAUGAACAAUACCUAGAUACCUACAGAGGACAUAAGGGUCCAGUGUAUAAAAUAGCAUGGAAUCCGUUUUGUCAUGAUGUGUUCUUAAGCUGUUCUGCAGAUUGGGGCGUUAUUAUAUGGCAACAGGAAAAUACCAAGCCUUUUUUGAGUUUUUAUCCAACUACUUACGUUGUUUAUGAUGUUGCCUGGUCCCCGAAAUCAUCCUAUAUAUUUGCAGCUGCAAAUGAGAACAGAGUGGAGAUUUGGGACCUUCACAUCAGCACUUUGGAUCCUCUAAUUGUGAAUGUUGCUAACCCUGGAAUCAAGUUCACAACUGUUCUCUUCGCUAAACAAACAGAUUGCCUUCUAGUGGGAGACAGUGAUGGACAGGUUGCUGUGUACGAACUGAAAAAUAUGCCCACUCAUUUGUCUUUUGGCCGGAGAGAUGUGAUAGAUAAUUUGCUUGCACCAAGGUCAAAUCAACCAGCAUAAAUUGUCAUUACUGAUAUCCUUUCUUGUUAAUUGUUUUUUUUUAAGGAACAAUGUUUAAUAUCUAAUAGUCUGAUUGGAUUUUGAUUUUAGAAAACAAUAUUUAAUGUAUAACUUCUAUUUGAACUUAAUAGAAAUUUAAUCAACCUUUAUUCCAGAGAUAUGUUGUUAGUUUUUUAUCCAAGCUAAUUGUAAGGGUAUUGUUAGGAUUUUCUUAAUUUUUGAAAGAUACUCCUACUGCAUUUCUUAAUCGUAUUCCAAGUACACAUAGAUACUUAUAAAAUGUCUAUGUAUGUUAGAAAAUUAUUAUUCCUUCAGAAGAAAAGCUUAGAAGUUAUUAGAAUUACUUAAACAAAAAUCUUUAUUAAGUCUAAGUUCUAUACACAUUUAAAUCUUCUGUUUUCCAAGGUUUGUGAAUUAUGCAGGUGCUAGUAUUAAGAAAAUACUGGAUUUUCAUACUCAACUUUAAAUCAAUAUUCAUCCUCUUAGAUCUGAGAGCUGAGCUAUAGAACUUUAUUAGACUAUUUGACAAGCAAAAGACAUGACAGCAAAAGUCAGAAUUGCACUGUUUGGCCAGCAGGCAUGACACUCGCAGUUCAGGGAGAAGAGUUAGUCUGGGACACAUCAGGGCUCCCUCCUCUGCCUGCCCGGAAUCUGCCCAGACUUAAGUGGGCCCGCAGAGAAAACAGGAAGUCCCUGAUCUAUAGUUUGCAUCAGGAUGUUAUUUUAUAAUGACUUCUAGGGCAAGCUUGUGGAAAUAGAAGGAGUAGGAGGCAGUGACUCCUCCAAACAUAGAUUGCUAACAGUCUGUUCCAUGCUGUUUGUUUCAACAAGUCCUGGUUUUUGUUAACUGAGGCUGAAGGACAGUAUGGCCUAUAAAGCAUGUUACGUGAGGAGGACAAGACAAGGCAUAUAAAUUUAACACUAAGAAUACAAUCCGUGCAACAGUGGGAACUACCUUUCACAAGUAUCAAUUUCUUCAACAUCUCUAUUUCUGUGGAGCCAUCCGUUAAACAAAAGCAAGGCAACUUUUAGGUAGACUGAGAUCUUAGGUCAUGUUAUAAGGAACAUACAUUUCCUACUGGUAGAAGUCUAUUGUAAUACAUCUCCUUGUCUUUCUGAAAGGUUGGACUUUCCAUAGCACCCUGUGCAACAAAAUAAAAACUUAAUUUCAUUGGU